CCUGGGUUUCGGAACGCGUUUCUGAUUGGCUUUUCGAUCCUGACCAUAGAGAGCAGUGGCUAGAGCGCCCGCCGAGUCAGCCAUUGAACGUUCCCGUUGAGUACGCGCAAGUAGGAGAAAUACGUGCUUCCCUCUGCUUCGGGACAGAGCCCGUAAGGUAACAGACAUCGCCUCUGUCUGGGAAAACACAGCUGAUUUUCUGUCUGUACGACAAACCUCACUAGCCACCUGCUAAGUUCACAAUGCCUGCAGCGGUGGUAGAUAAUAGCCAGGUGAUAUGCGAGGUGUGGGCUGUCAACUUAGAGGAGGAGAUGCGUAAAAUUAGAGAGCUUGUUCGAACACAUGGCUACAUAGCAAUGGACACAGAGUUUCCUGGUGUUGUGGUGAGGCCCAUCGGUGAAUUCCGGAGUACAAUAGAUUAUCAAUACCAACUGUUACGCUGUAAUGUUGAUCUUCUGAAAAUCAUUCAGCUUGGGCUUACUUUUACGAAUGAAAAGGGGGAGUACCCACCUGGCAUCAACACGUGGCAGUUCAACUUCAAGUUUAACCUCACCGAGGAUAUGUAUUCUCAGGAUUCUAUUGACUUGUUGGCAAAUUCUGGGCUUCAGUUCCAAAAGCAUGAAGAGGAAGGCAUAGACACACUGACCUUUGCAGAGCUGCUUAUGACAUCCGGUGUGGUGUUGUGUGACAAUGUGAAGUGGCUUUCAUUUCACAGUGGCUAUGACUUUGGCUAUAUGGUAAAGCUUCUCACGGAUUCCCGUCUGCCUGAGGAGGAACAUGAGUUUUUCCAUAUCUUAAAUCUCUUUUUCCCGUCUAUCUAUGAUGUCAAGUAUCUGAUGAAGAGCUGUAAAAACCUAAAGGGAGGUCUUCAGGAGGUAGCUGACCAGUUGGACUUGCAGAGGAUUGGUAGGCAACAUCAAGCAGGCUCAGACUCUCUGCUGACGGGCAUGGCAUUCUUCAGGAUGAAGGAGUUAUUUUUUGAGGACCACAUUGAUGAUGCCAAAUAUUGCGGUCGCCUCUAUGGACUGGGUACAGGGGUGGCUCCAAAGUCCAAUGAGGAAGCGGAGGAGAAAAUUAGCAUCAUGUCUCUGAUCAAUAAUGGGCAGCAGUAAAGUGUCAUUCCAUUACUCGCCUUCUGUCAACACAUCACAUAUCGGUAUCUCUUUGUUUAAGCCAUGGGAUAUUAUCCGUUCCUGUCAUCAACGCAAUGCCAGAGCCAUUCACAGUUACUCCCAAUGACCAACGACAGAGUCACUAUAAUAUAUAUAUAUAUAUAUAUAUAUAUAUAUAUAUAUAUAUAUAUAUAUAUAUAUUGAUCUGCUUAAUCAUUUUCGUUACUUUCGUAGUUUUUACUGCAAGAUGUCAAGUUCUUCCUGCAAGUGCCCUGCUUUGCCACACCACACGGGUACAGAAGAGAGAGACUCACCAGUGAAGUACAGAGCCAUUGAGGUUUUUUCAUCUGCCGUUGCAAACUUUCCUUUGCUUUCGGGUUAACCAGCUUUCUCAUGGGCAUACUUGGCAAUUCCAAUAUCAGCACUAAGAGUCCCAGAGUGCCUUGGGAAAGCGUAGGGUUUGCCCCCUUUGAUUUCAGUGCCAGAACAUAAAGCACCUUUAAGAUUUUAAUGAAAUGAAAGAAAAAAAAAUGAUGGGAACAACUGCUGAGCAUCUCCCAUCAUUUCUCUUUAGCUUAAUUAACUGUGUCAUUUAGUUUUCACCCUGCAUGUUGAUGGCCGUAAUGAAUGUAAUUGGUAAGGAGGAGAAUUAGUUAUGCAGUUGAGAUGCCUUGAUGUGUUUCUACAGAAAGGUGCCUGCGUUUAGAAAAAAAAAAUGAAAUGUGAAACAAAACAUGAAAUUUCUGGCACAAUUAAAUCCCAGUGUUCUUUCUGGUAGAUUAAUAGGGCAGAAAUACUUACUAACCCGUCCCUGAAUGCCCACUACUGCUCUGUGAAAUGGAAAUGUCCAAGUAAGUCUAAAAGAAAAAAGUGUUUUGAAAUUAAAAAAAAAAAAAUCCUAUCUGGAAAUUGAAUGCCACAAUUUCAUACUGUCAAGAAUUGCAAUUUUUUUUACACUGGACAUUUAGAAACAAAAAAACAUUUGCAGAUACCCAAGUCGUUUUAAAAGCUUAAAAUUGAGCUUUUUAUCCCAGUCCUAAUUAGAUUUUUUUUUUUUAAUUGGCUUUAAAGCUACUGGAGUUGCCUUCUCUGGGUUACCUACUUGUAAAAAAAAAAUGUAAUCUGCACAGAUGGAAAAGAAGCUGAAAGCAGUGGAAAAGAAAAAAAGAAAAGAUUUGACUUAAAAGUCUUGAGAUUUUAUCCAGUGAGUUUUGUAAUCCAUAUUCCAUUGUAAUGAGCUGGAGUCUGAAAUGCGUGUAAAUAUUAUUUAUGUUUUUAAAUUUGUAAAAUAAAGAAAUGGUUUGUUUU